GGGGGAUGUCGGCCACGUGCGCCGUGUCCCGGAAAGCGCCGCUGCCAAGGCCGCGUCCCCAGGGCGAGAGGGAGCCGCCCGCCAAGGUGAUGCGCAGGGGACUCCGGCGAGGCCGCGAGGAGGAGCGGGAGCAGCUGCCGUGGUCGGGAGAGAGUGCGAGCGGCAUGGGCGCGGAGGCCGAGGCGGAGCGGGCGGCACCGCUGAGCGACGAGCGGCGGAGGCGGCCGCCUCUAGAGCCGAGGGCGCUGCCGACGGCAUCGGCCAGGGCGGUGGAGGAGGAGGAACGUCUGGAGCGGGAACAUUUUCGGAGGAUCAUCAACGCUUUCCGCUAUUACGGAACGAAUAUGCAUGAACGAGUGAACAGAACAGAGAGGCAGUUUAAGUCUCUCCCAGCUAACCAACAGAGUCUUCUUCCUCAAUUUCUCCCUCACCUUGACAAGAUCCGGAAGUGCAUUGAUCAUAAUCAAGAAAUACUACAAACCAUUGUGAAUGACUGUGUUCAUAUGUUUGAAAAUAAGGAAUAUGGAGAAGAUGGAAGUGGGAAGAUUACACCAGCUUCAACAUUUGACAUGGAUAAAUUAAAGUCUACAUUGAAGCAAUUUGUGAGAGACUGGAGUGAAGAGGGAAAGUCGGAGCGGGAUUCUUGCUACCAGCCAAUUAUUAGUGAAAUUAUAAAGAACUUUCCAAAAGAAAGAUGGGAUUUCUCCAAAGUUAAUAUCCUGGUACCUGGUGCUGGGCUAGGUAGAUUGGCGUGGGAAAUAGCUAUGCUCGGUUAUGCUUGCCAAGGAAAUGAAUGGAGCCUCUUUAUGCUCUUUUCUUCUAACUUUGUACUCAACAGAUGCUCUCAAAUUAAUUCAUGUAAGCUUUAUCCCUGGAUUCAUCAAUUUAGCAAUAACAGAAGAUCUGCUGAUCAGAUACGACCAAUUUAUUUCCCAGAUGUUGAUCCUCACAGUCUUCCUUCUGGUUCAAACUUCUCUAUGACAGCAGGGGAUUUUCAGGAAAUUUAUUCUGAGUGCAAUACGUGGGACUGCGUAGCAACUUGCUUUUUCAUAGAUACAGCACAUAAUGUUAUUGAUUAUAUUGAUACUAUAUGGAAAAUACUAAAGCCUGGAGGAAUAUGGAUAAAUGUAGGUCCUCUCCUUUACCAUUUUGAGAACUUGGGAAAUGAACUUUCCAUAGAAUUAAGCUACGAGGAUAUAAAAAAUGUUAUCCUGCAAUAUGGAUUCCAUAUAGAGGUGGAGAAAGAAUCUGUACUGUCAACUUACACUGUGAAUGAACUCUCCAUGAUGAAAUACUACUAUGAGUGUGUGUUGUUUGUGGUGAGAAAACCAGAAUAGUAGUGGUUUGAAUAGGUUAAUGAGAAAAUAAUGUUGGUUUGAAAGCUAGAAAUGAGAAUAAAAUCGUCUGGUGAUGUAUGGACACAACCUCAAAUCAGUGGUGCCUUCUUGUUCCUAAGAGGAUAUAGAUAGUGUCUAUUUUCUUAAUAUCUCUAUUGCUAUUCAGACAUUUACUGCGCCAUGGAUAUUCAUAAUACACUUGUGAAAGAUUCAAGGUUCACAUGCACUGUCUUUGUGCUUUGGAAUGCAUUAAAUAAAAAAGCAAAAGUGUUUUCUUGAGAAAAAAAUUUAAUGUUUGCCAUAACUAGGAUAAUUCUCUGCAAAUGCUGCCUCAUUUUUCAUAGAUUUAUAGUGCUUUUUUUUCUUACUUGAUGAUAUUAGGAAUGCAUGGAGGUGCUUACUGUACUAGCUGUAUCACUUUUAGAGAAGUGUUUGUAAAUGUAUACUUAAAUUAUGAAGUAUGAAAUGGUUGGGAAGUGCUAAAAUUAUUAUUGAACAAAUAAAUUAGUCAUCAGAACUGUUAGAGCAUUUCCUGUGCAACUGAAGUAAAGGAGGAUAUUCUACAACUUCUGAUCUUUGGCUAUACCACUGUUAAAGGUUUAAUCAAAAACCAGAACUGAUAGGAAAUUAGAAAUGCUACGUGAAAGCAGAAUACUGAGUGAAGAAAAAGCAGACCAUCAGAGAAGCAGUAUGUUAACCUCAGUUCAGGAAAACACUGGUCUUGAUUGAUCUUAAUGUUGGAACUGAAAUGUGUUAGAUGCUUUGCCUUCUUGAAAUAACACUGAUUUUUGAGUCAUCUUCUACUAUUUAAGACAGAACUUUUAAUAUUGAUAAACAUAGCUGAGUUAUCCAUGCCACAUGUAGGUAGUACAACAUAAAAAAUACCUGUCGGAGCAGUGAAGUUACAUGUAAAUAUGUGCUAUAACAUAAUUACUUCCACCUGAGCCAGGAUAUGGCAGGCCAAAUGGUAGACAAUUUCUUUGUAACUUCACUUUACCCUUGUGACUUCUUGGUUCCUCCUACUAAUGUGGUUUUUUUUCCCUAACAAAUGUGGCUUAGGUGAAUAUUUAAUCUACAAGUCAUGAUACAAGAGGCUGUCAUGUCACAUACAAUCUCAUGUCACUUUGAAGUUAUGUAAGAAAUGAGAAAAACCCUAAUUAGCAGUCACUAGUCUGAGAUGAGGUGUCAUGUUAGGCAUUCUGUGUGCAUAAUAUAUUGAUUACCUUAAGUGCCAUUUGGAUGCAUUUUCAAAAAUACGUUUAAAAUAUAAAACCAUUAUGAUGAGGGCUGAAUUUUUUUUUCUUCUUUGGCUAGAAGGACACUGGUCAGUAUGUUGUUUGUUUCUGAUUAUUUUUUGUCCUGUCUUUCAUGGUGAUGUCCUAAUCAUAUCUCUUUAAUAGAUCUGUUACUGGCUUUUCAAUUUUUCUAAUCAAGGCCAGAAAUUUGUGCCUUUACUCCUAAAUUGAAAAUCUGCAAGGAGGGAAAACAAACCUUUUUUUAAAAAAUAUUUUCAACGCUGCAUAGGAGAGUGCAUGCUUGUGUAUGUUUCAGUAUUAUGCUCCUUUCUGCUCAGAAUCCUGAUUGAGAACAGAGGCUUCUGAGGCUUCUGCUCUACAGAAGCUUUUAAGUUUGGCUUAAACUACUCUUCUUUGAACUCUCUUAUUUCUAAAAGUGCAUGAACUGUCGAAGUUCUACUCUGUUCCAAGGGAGAUGUGUUUAAAGAUUAAACACUGCUAUUCAACAAAUAGUUAGAAAAUAAAAGUCCUUGUGUGGCUAAAAGUAAAAAACCACAUGCUUUAAUUUCCACAUUGUACCAUUUAAUUUUUGAGAAAAUUUGUGAUUCUUUGCUUUCAUUAUGCUUUCUUCUCUUAGGUAGAAUAUGAUUAGUAAUUUACUUGAUUUUCAAGCUUCUUGAAAUAGGACAGAGGUUAGCUGAAUGUCAGUUAAGCUGAUGCUGAGUAGCAUACCUGUCUGUAAUAAUACCCAGUUUUUGCCCCAUACACUCUGUAACUUGAAAUGUGCUGUUCUGUUUUUCAAAGAAAAGCAGUGGAACUCUUAAUUUAUGGUUGAGUGUUAAUAUCCUGUGUUCUGGUGGUUUUUUUCCAUACCACUCCAUGUUGUCACAGGUGCCAUUUUUGUAUGUUCUCCGAAAAUAUUUUUGCAUAUGGUAUAAUACAGUGAUAUGCUUUUAUUUCUGAUCUAGAAAAUGCAGGGGAUUUUUCAAGAGCAUUCUGCUUUUAAAUUGCAACAGUCACAUUAAGAGUUGGAAGCAAAAUAAUAUUGUGAAUAAGCUGUUGGUAGUGUUUUGUCUUCAGUCCCAUUUAAGAGUUCUUAGAAUUCGCCACUUGUACUGUAAUGCACCAGGAUAAUUGCCUAUUAUAGAAUUUGAUCAUUGUUUUAUUUAGUUUUAUAUGCGGGGGAAAUGCUCAAGUUGUUCGUCAGCUAAGACUUUAUUUUAGGUCACUAUUUAACUAUACAUGGUAACAAGUGUAAAAAUGCUUUAUAAUCUUCAGUGUAAAACUUCUGUAUAUGGAGUUUGAUAAAUGUAAAACGUCCUGUAUUUUUUUUAAUGUGUUAUAUUCUAAAAUUGUUGCAAAGAUGGUAAGAAUGGGAAGUUUCAUGUCUCUGUGUGCACUUCUCAUUGUUUAAAGUGUGUGUAAUGGACUGGGUUUUUUUGGAUAUUAAAGCUUGCUGUAAGGCUUGA